AUGGCAUCUAUUCUACACUCGGGUCCGUCCUCGGCCAUGCGAAAGCAGGCGACGACCACUCUUCGCGUCAAUCCUGCACAGUCCGUGGCUUCCGUUCAGACAUGUAGUUCAUUUUCCACAUUAUGUCCUCAGGCGAGGUUGAAAGCUUCACAUCGUCCUCAAUUCACUCUCCCUACUCUCCCUACCCGCCAAAGCCGUACCUUCCUUGCUCAUCUCGGCCGUCAAGCACAAGCCCUGAAACAACAAUCUACCGCCUCAUCCGCGAUUCCACCCUCAGCCAAAUCAGACAAGAACUCCAGCCCGACCCUGCAGCUCACCAACCUCCCCUAUUUUGUCCGUCGCACUGCCUCCAAUCAGCUGCCUGUCUACGUCGUCACAAAGGCCGGCGGCACUAAGCAACUCACCAAGCUCCAGAAGACCGAAGGCGAUUUGGACGCGCUCCGCAACGACCUAGCUGCUGCCCUGGGUGUUGUCGACGGAAACAAGCCUAACCCGGAUGUUACUCUCAACCGACUCACUGGCCACAUCAUUGUUAAGGGCUGGCGCAAACCAGAGAUUGUGAAGUUCCUCCAGGAACGGAACUUCUAA